UCAUCGUCAUCGUCAUCGUCAUCGUCAUCGUCAUCGUCAUCGUCAUCGUCAUCGUCAUCGUCAUCGUCAGCGUCCGUGUCGCAGCCCAUCUCGGCUAACAGUAGGCCGCAAUCGUCAUCAACAGUACCUUUGAAUCCCGUUUUACCAGCACAACCAACCCAGGCUGCAAAUGACAGCGCGUAAGACCAAUUUAGCAGAUUUAUAACACCACAUUGAAGAGUUUAAUCGUUUUUUGGGCUUAUAUACAUAUAAAUCAAGCCAUUUCUUCAAUAUAACAUGGUAAAAUUAUUUAAAGUUAUUUUACAAACAAUAUAAUAAUUGUUCAAUAAUUCAGACUAAAUUAAAAGAUUUUUUUGUUUUAUACCACACAAGGCCAAUAUUGAUAUUGUUGAUGUUGUUCCCUUGUCCAUACUGUCUGUGUUUAUGUCGCUGCUGUCACACCACAAUCGCGCGCAAAUGAACAAAAUCUAAACAUACAGAACAUCUAACGAGUUAAAUUGCGUGCGUUAUUGCGAUAAUCUAGUGGUUUCUAGCCGUGAUUUUAUCAAAAAUAGGAUGGACCAAUCAUUCUCGAAGCGUAUUCGGCUCAACUCAUAUUUGUAUCGUACCCGUAACCGUAUAGUGGAGCAAGACCAGCUAGAAGAAAAUAAUACCAGUGAAAGAGAAAAUGAUAAUGCACAUACGCCAGAUGUUGGUGCUACAUCUUCACACGACAGUUUUCUUGUGGAACAUGAUUAUGUUGAAGAUGAUCAUGAAACUACUGCAUACGCUGAGGAAGAAGAGGCUGUAAUCGAUUAUCUCGAAAGCUCUGACGAGGAACAAGAAACAUCAAACGAACCAUUCUCCGUAAAAGAAGCUUUGCAAACGUGGGCGGUGUCUACAAAUCAAACAUAUGAUUCCAUCGAACAAGUCAUGGGUAUAAUCGGUAAAGUAAGUUCUUGCAAAUUGCCAAAAGAUGCUAGAACUUUGCUAAAAAUCAACCGCAAUCGCUCUUCGGAAAUUAUUACCGUGCAAUGUAGACAGUAUUGGUAUCGUGGGAUUCAAAAUUGCUUCACCAACAAGUUAAGCGAUGUAAACUUUGAAGCUGAUAAAACAAUUUUACUGAACGUGUCAAUAGACGGAUUGCCGAUUGCCAAAAGCAACAAUCUACAAUUUUGGCCUAUUCUAUUUAACAUUCAUGGAAUGCCGGAAAUACCAGUCAUGCCAAUUUCAAUCUAUUGUGGAGCAAUUUCUCCGACCUUUUGUAGAUGAGGUUAAUUUUCUCACAAAAAAAUGGUGUGGUUGUAAAAAACAAAAAGUUUAACAUCAAAUUACGUGCUAUUAUCGCCGAUUCUGCUGCAAGAGCUUUUAUAAAAGGUGUUGCUUAUUUCAACUCGUUAGAUGGCUGCUUAAAGUGCACUUCGAAAGGAAAACACAUCAAUGGAAGAAACGCAUACUCGGACACCGCUGGCCCAGAUAGAACACAUGAAGGUUUCAAAAGCCGAGCUUACGAUGAUCAUCACAAACUAGAUUCAUCUCUUUUGGAUUUAGAUGAGUUUGACAUCAUCAUACAAAUUAUUGUGGCAGAUUCUCUUCAUUUGAUAGAUUUAGGUAUA